UAGGCUUCCCAUCGGCCUAUCGCUGCUCUGCUUUACACGCUGACGACGAGACCCGGAAGCACCGAGCCGUCUGCUUUGUUUUGUUUUGGUAGUAGGGAGUUGGGGAAGAGGCACACAGGCAGAGGUCCGUGCGGGAGAAGGCCGCUCACUAAAUGGGGAGAGCCAUAUCGGGAAUGGAAGAUGACGGACCGAUAGCUGACGCUUGUAAAAUGCCAAGUUUUAUCAGCACUUUCGAAGAGGGAAAGGUGAAAUUGUCCCGCAACCUGCCGACAGAAACUUCCUUCACAGACAGCAAAGUUGAGCGGUCGGUCCGAGAUUUGAGCUGUCCUGUCACCAGAUCAAACUCGCGCUUGUCCCUGGACGGAGGUGAGAGGGAGUCAGAGGAAAGGAGCGGCGAGGAGGAGAAGGAUGCGGGGGGCAACAACAACAACAACUGCAACGGCGGAGGAGGCGAGAGGAGGAGGGCGAGCGCUGUCGAGAUUUUGAGGAGGAAUCUCGGGGUUUCAAAGUCUCCCUCUCUCCGUCUCAACACGAACAGUCGGAUGCAGUGCGGCGCCGAGCAUGAAAGCCACGACGGAAACGAUAAUAACGACCCUACAGACGUUUAUGGGAGUGAAUGUGGCGACUGUAAAAAGUCGGAGCGUGAGACGGGCGAGGCGGGUACUGAAAACGAGCCAACCGCGAGCGACUUGACGACUUCUAAUGCACUAGGAGUUGAAUUUGUGACCGUUACAGGCCAGUGCCAUCAUAAAGGCCACAGUGACGGCAGUGUGCUCACUGUAACCGAGUCUUUCAACACUAAACAACACGUCUACUGCACUGUUUACUGCAUCGCCAACGACACUCAUGGAAAAGAAAUUGCAGACGAUGAAACGGCCACGUCUGACGCAACGGAUAUGGACAAGGAGACGGGGCAGGAAGCCGGUUCGAGUCCCGAACCGGCACUGUACACAUUGGACGAUCUGGUAGAUCCUUUCGGGGAUAUUGCUCACUCGCUGUCCGCUGUACAGGCCGAUGGAGAGGUGCAGAGUUGCCGUGUGUGCCUGGAAGGGAAAUCCAUCGCUCCCCUGCCCUGCUGCAGGAAGGCCGUGUGUGAUGAGUGUCUGAAAAUCUACGUCAGCUCCCAGGUGCGAAUAGGCAAACCUUACGUCAGCUGUCCGAUCCCAGAGUGCAGUGGCUACCUAGAGGAGGGAGUGGUGAUUUCUCAUCUAGCCAAUGAAGAUGUGGCCAAAUAUCAUUACUUUUUGGAGCUUAGUCAACUGGACUCGAGCACCAAACCCUGUCCCCAGUGCAGUCAGUUCACCUCUCUGAAGGAGCACAACCCCAACCGCUCAGAGCACAAGUACAAGAUCCAGUGCAUUAAUUGCCAGUUUGUGUGGUGCUUUAAAUGCCACGCCCCGUGGCAUAAUGGGCUCAAAUGUCGUGACUACAGGAAAGGAGACAAGCUCCUACGAACCUGGGCUAGCGUCAUAGAGCAUGGGCAAAGAAAUGCCCAGAAAUGUCCACAGUGCAAGAUCCACAUCCAGCGAACAGAGGGAUGUGACCAUAUGACAUGUACACAGUGUAACACUAACUUUUGUUACCGCUGUGGAGAUCGCUACAGACACCUAAGGUUUUUUGGAGACCACACAUCCAACCUCAGCGUGUUUGGAUGCAAGUAUCGCUAUCUUCCAGAUAAACCUCAUUUAAGACGGCUGAUUAGAGGGUCUGUCUGUGCCACUAAGGUGCUGAUUGCCCCAGUGGUCAUUUUGCUCGUCGUGGUGCUUGGAGCCCUCGCACUGGUGAUAGGUUUGGUAGUUUUCCCAGUGUACUAUGUGUGCAAGAGGAGGAAGAAGCAGCGCGGACAGGGCUCCGGACGGUGGAUCUGACACCUCCCCUGCACUUAAUCCACACACACACACACAAACGCACACACACAGCUUGAACGACAACGCCCACAUCUCCUCAGGGAUGAACACGCCAGCCUGAGUCAUCGCAAAAUUCGGAGAGGAACAUCGAGAAAUUAUCAGUUGUAAUUAGGGAAGUACACGAAUAACACACGUCAUCACGUUGAGAAUAUUUACUGCUGCAAAAGGAAUGCUUUGUCAGAAUACUGGAUAUUUGAGCAGGAUAAAAAACCUCACAAAUCUAAGUUGACUUCUAGAGCAACCACUGUCUAGUUAAGUGUUUGAAUCCUUGUUUUACUCAGAGAACAAGCCAACUAAUGUUCCCGGACACGUUACAGGAAGUUUCGGCAGUGAAUCUUCGCAUCCCACACCUCUGUCACACAUUUAACGACAGCUGUCUUUCAGGAGAGCAAACACAGCUAAUAGAUGGAUGCAGAUUUGUUUGCAGCAACACGUGUGAAUGUGUUAGUUGGAGGCUGUUCAUCUGCCUGAUGUGAUGGCAUACUGUGGUGGAUGGAAGGUUUGAAACUGUGCUGGAUACCAGAAAUCACAAACACAGUCUGCUAGAAGAGCAUGAAGAGAAGACAGGAGGAGCUCACAGAUGAAUAACAUGUGUAACUAUGUGGAAAUUUUAUCUCUUUAUUAAGCUUUUUGCAAAAGCUACUUCAGUCAUUUGUUCUACAGUUGUCAAGUGCAAGAUGGAAACUGAAUUUUGAACAAGCUGAAAAAAUGAGUUCUGCAACAAAGCUGAACGUUGAACUUGUUCGUCUUUCCCUGCUGGAAACUUAAUUUCCACUGGAUACUGAAAUUUCGUACAGGAUUUUGAGUGUUUGACAGGGGCAUACUCUUAAAAUUCAACAUGAGAAGACUGAACUGGGAGGGAUGAAAGGAUAAUACUUAACUCUUAACUCUUUGAUAACCUUCAUGCUGCCUGAUCUUGAUGUUUGCUAUACGGUUUGAAAGUUGGGUGGUGUGUCCUCACCCUAAGUGACACCUACUCUUAAAGGCUGCUCCUGCUGGCAAACACAUAUUCAGCCCACUGACACCUAAAUGAAAUAUUGUCCUUCCUUCCUUUCCUUUGGUCCCUCCUCACUGGCUGGCUGGCUGGCUGGUGGCUCACACGCCCUCCCUGCCAGGCUGGUGGUACCUGCUGUGCUCACAUAAUGUGUGUGCCAGUGUCUGCAUCAUUAAGGUAAAAAAAGCUGCUGUGCAGCAGUUGUGCCAAAACAAAUCGCUGAAUGUGGCAGGACAGACUUGUCCCUUUGUUAGAGUUUAUUUAAGUUGUUCUUAAGGGUUGCCUGUUGCAGCAAUUUGGAUAGCUAUGCUGUGUUGUGGAGAGGAAUCUGCAUAAUUAACUUAAGAGGCUCUGUCAGGUUACACAAGUUGUUGUAGGUGGACUUCUCCAAAGAAAUGACUGAACAUGCUAUUGCAAAUGGUACCUGUAUAUAAGCAGACGUACGAUUUGCCUCUUUAUGUCGUCUGGGUGGUGGAUUGCUUGAAAGUCAAACGGGGUGUUAGAUGUUUUAAAGAAAUGAGUUCAGAGGUCAUCAUCAGUUUGCUGUGCACUGACUGUGUGGUAGAUCGGUGUGGUAGAUUUUAAGAAUCGAGGCAGAGACUUUGGUUUUUGUCUCAGAUGUUUGGAGUGAUGAGAGGACGUCUGCCUGCUUGACAGUUUGGAUAGUGACAUACUGCUGUUUACCUUACGCAUACACCUUCUUAGCUCAUUCACACUGGCACACACUACAAAAAAAGCACACGCAUGGAGCACUACCAGGAAACAGGAGAUUUAAAAGAGCUUUAAAGGUUGUCACCGGGCAGCAGCCAGCUUGUUGUCCUUUGCUUAUCCCUCUGUCCUCUCCUCCAUGCUGUCAUUCCUUAGUUGUGAAAAUGGACACAGGUCUACUGGAGCUCCCUAACAUAAUGCUUUUGAGAAAUGUGCAAAUACCACAGAGCUGCCUGUAGCGCACGCUGCUGUCAAGUUAAAAUGAUUUGAACACUGGCCACAGACUUGGUGACUGGUCACAUCACCUAAUGGAGGGACCUGGUUUUUGUUUUUAUUGCAGUAUGAACACAUGUUAAUAGAGAGACUUGAGGAAAAGAAGCAAAAGGCUAUGGAUUAGCACAAUAUAUCUGCACAUAAGAGAUGCUGCGGUGAGAAAAAGAUGGUAUCCUGAGUGUUACAGCACGUUUCAUCAUGGAAUCUUCACUAAAACCAGGAUUUAAGGCAUGAAGGAGAAGCAAAGUUGAUGUUGGUGAAUGUUGGACAUUUUGCAGUGCAAUGCCAUGAGCUUGGCUUUUGUCCCAGGGAUCUGAAACAUUUUCUACAUCUGGGAGUUACUAAAUAGCAAUGUUUCCUAAAGGGCACAGAAAAUAUAAUGUUACACACUGCUUUCAGUAGGUCCUAACUCUGGGUUUGAAUCCUCUCUCAGGGAGUUUGUUUUCUGUUCACUGUACCCAGAGCCCUCCAUGGACAUGAGCUGUGUCACAGAAACUGCACUGUACGGUCAAAAUGCUUCCUGGUGCAUUUUCCCAAGUAGACUAAAAAGGAUUAAAAUGUAGUUUCCUUGGAAUUUCUGUCUUUUCCUGGUAUAAUUUUAGCAUCUUGUAUGAUUCCAGUGAGUGUUUUUACUCACACAGUUAGUGUCCGCUGUGUUGUGAACCCACUUUCAGCAGCUGAACGUAGGACUAGAGAGGGGAAAAAUAAAAUAUGUAUUAAUGAUACAACACUGAAAAUGAAAUAUAAAAGUUAUGCGCCAAAUCAAAAACAAAACUAAACUAUCCACCUGCACCACAUGCAUGCAUGUUUUAUGUCACUGCUCAGCUAGUACUACACUGACAAACUGAAAUGCUGCAUUUUAUUAUUUGUUUGAAUGACUUGACUGACAUGUGAUGGACAUUUAAAUUGUCUUCAGCACAGCGAAGAGCAUCAGCAGAGUGAAAUUAGUUGAAUGUUCUGGGGGCUGUUGAAGGAUCAGCUCAUUGCCAGAAAUGUAACAAAUGGCAUCUUUGAUAAUUCACCAUGUAAUCUUGUUGUGAUGUUAGUUAUCAAGUAACAAAACCUAACAUUCAGUCAGACAAAGCAUGAGAUUACUCUCAGAUUUAUUUGACAGUUUUGCUGUCAGACAGGAACUGCAAAUACAAUUUUGUUCGAUGUGGUCAGAUACACUUACAAAUGUUUUCUAACAGGAAAGUGAGACUGUAGGAUUUCUUCACUUCUAUACGUGCAUCUAAGUGAAUUCUGCUUACUGAUUCAGUGUUAAGAUGCCAUAUAGAAAUCGUUGCCUCCGUCUGACAUAAACCAGGAGGCGAUCAGGUAUUUGGUCAUGUGUAUGCGUGUAUCUCUCUGCAGCUAAUCUCACAUAUUACUGGACCCAUCAGCCUGAUAUUUUUUGUGAACAUUUGUGACCGUAUGUUCAAGGAGCUCUUAAUGGUUGCAGUCCUGUUUACUGCUCACUCCUCAUGCCUCUUAACCGGCCGGCAGGGGCCGCAAGUGAUCAACGACUGCUUCAGUUUGGAAUCUUGCCUCUGCUAGGGACAACAUAAGUGGCUGCCAUAUUUUUUUUUUUCGAUUUAUACUUUGCAUUGCUGGUGGCAUGGAGCCUGCAUAUUGUCUCCCUCCCUAUUCCACUACUUUCAUACAUAUCACUGGACACACAGCCUGCACUACCUGCUCCACACCAUCAUGGCUCGCAGACACAACUGACAGAAGUCUGAACUUUAUGGAGUGCUAUUUUUAAAAAAUGUUUUUUUUAUUUUAUUCUUACAGAUUACUGACUUGAUCACUGAGAUCUGUCUAGACAUGAAGCAGCUGUUUGUGUUAAUCCUGAGUCUCAAAUUCCUCCACAUCCCUACAUUCACUUACAUGAGGUUUCUUUUUUUGGCCAAUGAUUUUUGCCUUUGCUGGAGUGUAUUGGCUGGCUGAUACCCCUGGCAGUUUUUGUGUUUGUGUUUGUAUUACAAUCCCAGUGAUAUUGUCAUGAAUAUGCAAUAGUGCCUUCACAGCCAUUGUCCAUCAGGGUUUGCCAACCUGUGGUUUGGGCCCCUCCAUGACUCCAAAGACUAAAAAGAGGAGUAAAUCUCUUACAUUAGAACAGUACAAUGUGAUUAUAUAUAUGUAAUAUGGGGCUCCUAUUGUAAAACUCUGUGUGUUACUGCAACACACAGAGCAAUGUGCAAUGCAAUCAGGCCAUCAAUUAACAAUUUGUGCUUUUCUAAAUCUGUUUGGAAUAGCUAAAGACUGAAACAAACCUCUAAAAUUGUACAAAUACCACAGUGCAGGGUUUCAGCUGUGUCCCAAAUAAUGUACUUUUGCACAAGUUAAAUUGUCACUUUAUUUCGGCUCAUACCGACCUCACUCUUUGGACUGUGUAGAUUAAAAUGAGGCAGCAGCAGAACAGUGAGCCCUGAGUAUCAUAAGGCUGAUAUGGACUAGCGUGCUCAGCACAGGAAGUGAUUAUACCAAAAAGAUGUGUCAUAUUCAACCAAUUAAAUGUCUCGUUAGGGACAAAACAUGUAAACUCAGGAGGCCUCUGGGUAUUUGUUUUGCUGUAAGUGGUGUAUUUCAGUAACAUCAGGAUUUUUCACCAUCUGGACAUGCAAACUUAAUGGAAAAACUGUAACAUUUUAUUUCUAUAUGCCACUGUGUUUUCAAGGAUAUUUCUAUUUAAAGAAAUGAAAUUUGAUUGUUGCGCUUGCUGUUUGCACCGAGGACAGAUUCCUCCACCUGCUGCCACUGUUAAAAAUGUCUGCUCAUACUAUUAUUAUUAUUAUUAUUAUUAUUAUUACUCACUUGGCCAGGCACAAACCUUAUUUCAUUUGAGGAUCUGAUGAAGAAUAAACUCAAGUGGUAUAAAUGC